GGUGGUUCUAUAUCACCCUUAAAAAACACUUUUUUUUUUUAAUAAACACUUCUUCUUGAAACCAUAACCCCAAAAAAAAGAAAGGAACAUGUCUGUUGAACAAAUGAAUGAAGCCUUUGACACUAUCCUCAUUUUGGAUUUUGGAUCUCAAACAUCUCACUUGAUUGCUCGUCGUAUUCGUGAGUUUGGCAUUUACUGUGAACUCUUGCCUUGUACUCAAAAGAUGGCUGAACUUCACUUCAAACCUAAGGGUAUCAUCUUGUCUGGUUCUCCUUACUCUGUCUACGAUACUGAUGCUCCCCGUGUUGACCCCGCUGUCUUUGACAGUGGUGUUCCUGUUUUGGGUAUCUGUUAUGGUCUUCAAGAGAUGACCAACCUUAUGGGUGGUAAGGUUGAAGCCUGCGAUCAUCGUGAAUAUGGUUAUGCUAUGUUGGACAUUCAUAGAUUCCCUAAUCAUCCUUUCGCUGACAAGCUCUUUGAAGGUAUUCAAGAUUCUGUUGAGGUUUGGAUGUCUCACGGUGACCAAGUCGCUGCUGCUGCUGAAAACUUCACUGUCAUUGGUACCACCAAGACUGCUCCUUUCGCUGCUGUUGUCCACAAUGAAAAGCCUUUCUUUGGUAUUCAACUUCACCCUGAACUUUCUCACACUGCUUGUGGUAAAGACAUUCUCCAUAAUUUUGUCUUGAACAUCUGUAAGGCUCAAGCUUCUUGGACCAUGGAAGAAUUUGUUGAAAAGGAAAUUGCCCGUAUCCGUACGAUUGUUGGCCCUACUGGCCGUGUCAUUGGUGCUGUUUCCGGUGGUGUUGACUCCACUGUUGCUGCUAAAUUGAUGCACGAAGCCAUUGGUGACCGUUUCCAUGCUAUCUUGGUCGAUAACGGUGUCAUGCGUUUGAAUGAAUGUGCCAAUGUCAAGAAGAUGUUAGUUGACAAGAUGGGUAUUAACCUCAAGAUUGCUGAUGCUUCUGACCUCUUCUUGGAUCGUCUUAAGGGUGUCACUGAUCCUGAAAAGAAGCGUAAAAUCAUUGGUAACACCUUCAUUGAAGUUUUCGAAGCUGAAGCUGCUUUGGUCGAUAAGGAAUGUGGUGGUACUAUUGAAUACUUAUUGCAAGGUACUUUAUACCCUGAUGUCAUUGAAUCUAUUUCAUUCAAGGGUCCUUCUGCCACUAUCAAGACUCAUCAUAAUGUCGGUGGUCUUUUGGAAGACAUGAAGCUCAAGUUGAUUGAACCUCUCCGUGAACUCUUCAAGGAUGAAGUCCGUGCUUUAGGCAAGAUUUUGGGUCUUGAUGAUGAAUUGGUCUGGCGUCACCCCUUCCCUGGACCAGGUAUUGCUAUCCGUGUCUUGGGUGAAGUUACUCGUGAACAAGUUCAAAUCGCUCGUUUGGCCGAUAACAUUUAUAUCGAAGAGAUCAAGAAGGCAGGUUUCUACCGUCAAAUUUCUCAAGCCUAUGCCGCUCUUUUGCCCGUCAAAGCUGUCGGUGUUAUGGGUGAUAAGCGUACUUAUGAACAAGUUAUUGCUUUGAGAGCUGUCGAAACUACUGAUUUUAUGUCUGCCGAUGUCAUGAUUGGUGCUGAAUGGUUUUUGACCUUGAAGCGUAUCUCUUCUAGAAUUAUCAAUGAAGUUAAGGGUGUCAACCGUGUUGUAUAUGAUAUUAGUUCCAAGCCUCCUGCCACCAUUGAAUGGGAGUAAAAAAAAAUUUUUUUUUUCUGUAAAAACACAAACAUAGAUAGAUAAUAAAGU